AUGCCGGAGGAAACAGGGACUAAAUGUAUCCUGUUGAGUUGUAACAGCCUGAUAGAGUGGUAUCAUGCGCCCUCCACCACCUCACACCCCUUCACCACUUCACCCCCCUCCACCACCUCACCACCUCACCCCCUCCACCACCUCACCCCCCCUCCACCACCUCACCUCCCUCCACCACCUCAACCCCCUCCACCACCUCACCUCCCUCCACCCCCUCACACCCCUCCAACACCUCACCCUCACCCCCUCCAUCACCUCACCCCCCUCCACCACCUCACCUCCCUCCAUCACCUCACCCCCUCCACCACCUCACCUCCCUCCACCACCUCACACCCCUCCAACACCUCACCCCCUCCACCACCUCACCCCCUCCACCACCUCACCUCCCUCCACCACCUCACCUCCCUCCACCACCUCAACCCCCUCCACCACCUCACCUCCCUCCACCCCCUCACACCCCUCCACCACCUCACCCUCACCCCCUCCAUCACCUCAGCCCCACCCCCCUCCAGCACCUCAGCCCACCUCCACCGCCUCACCCCCUCCACCACCUCACACCCAUUCACCACUUCACCCCCUCCACCACUUCACCACCUCACCCCCUUCCACCCUCUCACCCCCUACACCACCUCACCUCCCUCCACCACCUCACACCCCUCCAACACCUCACCCCCUCCACCACCUCACCCUCACCCCCUCCAUCACUUCACCCCCACCCCCCUCCAGCACCUCAGCCCACCUCCACCGCCUCACCCCCUCCACCACCUCACACCCAUUCACCACUUCACCCCCUACACCACUUCACCACCUCACCCCCUUCCACCCUCUCACCCCCUACACCACCUCACCUCCCUCCACCACCUCACACCCCUCCAACACCUCACCCCCUCCACCACCUCACCCUCACCCCUCCAUCACUUCACCCCCCCCCCCUCCAGCACCUCAGCCCCCUCCACCACCUCACCCCCUCCACCACCUCACACCCUUUCACCACUUCACCCCCUCCACCACCUCACCCCCUCCACCUCACACCCUUUCACCACCUCACCUCCCUCCACCACCUCACACCCCUUCAACACCUCACCCCCUCCAUCUCACACCCCUUCACCACUUCACCCCCUCCACCACUUCACCACCUCACCCCUCUUCCACCACCUCACCCCCCUCCACCCCCUCCACCACCUCACCCUCACCUCCCUCCAUCACCUCACCCCACCCCACUCCACCACCUCACCCCCUCCACCACCUCACAACCCUUCACCACUUCACCCCCUCCACCACCUCACCCCACUCCCCUCCACCACCUCACCCCCUCCACCACCUCACCCCCUCAACUACCUCACCCCUCCACCACCUCACCCCCUCCACCACCUCACACCCCUUCAACACCUCACCCCCUCCACCACCUCACACCCCUUAAACACCUCACCCCCUCCACCACCUCACCCCCUCCACCACCUCACACCCCUUCACCACUUCACCCCCUCCACCACCUCACCCCCACUCCCCUCCACCACCUCACCCCCUCCACCACCUCACCCCCUCAACUACCUCACCCCCUCCACCACCUCACCCCCUCCACCACCUCACACCCCUUCAACACCUCACCCCCUCCACCACCUCACACCCCUUAAACACCUCACCCCCUCCACCACCUCACCCCCUCCACCACCUCACCCCCUCCACCACCUCACCCCCUCCACCACCUCACACCCCUUCAACACCUCACCCCCUCCACCACCUCACACCCCUUAA